ACCACCAUUAGCAGUUAAGACGUGUCGUUCAAUGGAAGCAGUUGCAUAAUAUUGCAAUUUACAGUUUCGUCAGUUGGAAAGUGAAACAUUCAUGAAACACUCUGCUCCUUCCCUCCACCUCCUUGCAGCCGCUGCUUUCACCGACGCCGCCACCGCCAACGCUGCCAUGUCCUCUGCUCAAUCAUUCCGAGGCGGCCGGAGCCGCGGUCGGAGAAACUUUUCCGACCGUCCUUCCGGCGAACGAAGUGAGCAAAACAUCGCAACUGGAGACUCUCACUUCCAUUCUGUUCGUGAAACCAAUAGAAAUCUCCGUCCUUCCCCCAAUUUUCGACCUAGGGCACCAACACCGAAUUUCUAUCCUAAUCAACCGACUUAUGGACAAUUGCCGCCUCCUCAAUCGCGUCAGCCUUUUCAUCACAAUCAGCAAUCUUAUAGAGCAAUGCCGCCACCAGCAGGAUUUUAUCACAAUCAGCAGUUCAAUAGAGCAGUGCUGCCACCGCCACGAGGAACACAAUAUUAUCGGAAUCAGCAGUUUAAUAGACCGAGUUUUUAUGAGAAUCAGCAGUUUAAUAGACCGAACUUUUAUGAGAAUCAGCGGUUCAGUAGACUGAAUUUUUGUGAGAAUCAGCAGUUUAGGCCGCGGCCAUCCCCUCCCAAGGCAUUGAACUUUCGGAAUUGGGAGUAUGCUAGACCUGGACCUCCGCCUCAUUGUGAGCGAUUUACAGUCUUAUCAUACAACAUACUUGCUGAUUACCUUGCAAUUGAUCAUCAGAGAAAACUUUACUAUCACAUACCACAACAUAUUUUAGACUGGGAAUGGCGUAAAAGAAGUAUUCUUUCUGAGCUUGGAUGGUGGUCAGCUGACAUAUUGUGUUUUCAGGAGGUUGACAGAUUCCAAGAGUUGGAGGCAGAAUUGAAGUUGCGUGAAUAUAAUGGCAUCUGGAAGAGGCGCACUGGAGAUCCAGCUGAUGGAUGUGCAAUAUUUUGGAAUGCGUCAAGAUUCAAGUUGGUGCAUGAAGAAUUUAUUGAAUUUAAAAAGUUCGGGCUACGGGAUAAUGUAGCUCAGAUAUGUGUAUUUGAGUCUCUGGGUCAGCAAAAUAAGAGUGUCGCACCAGCUCUCUCAGCAAGACCUGGUCACUCCAAUAAGGUUGUAAUUUGUAAUACUCAUGUGCUUUUCAAUCCUAGAAGGGGAGAGAUUAAGCUUGGACAGGUUAGGUUGCUUCUGGAUAAGGCUGAUGGUGUUUCAAAACUUUGGGACAAUGCUCCUGUUGUGAUCUGUGGAGAUUUUAACAGUACACCAAAGAGUCCAUUGUACAACUAUAUUGUCGAGAAAAGGCUAGACUUAUCAGAAGUGCCUCGGGAUAAAGUGUCAGGACAGGAGUCUGCUACAAUUAAUACAGUGAAACAUAGCAGCCUCAAUCCUAGUGCUAGACACCAGGAUGCAGUUAACUCUGCUCAAAGCUCUGCACUGGCUGCUGAGAGAGAUGUAAAAGACAGUAAGAUGACAUUAGAUGAACAAAAGCUCGAUUCUCCUAAAAACGAUUCAGCAAGUGGAUCUUCUGUAUGUAUCUUGUCUCAGCCUCAGAGUCCUGUGGUAUAUGAGUCCGGCAGUUCUUGUAUGGUUAUCCCAUGCUCUAAGGGUACGAAUGAGUUACCUAGAGAAACUCAUGGUAAUGUUUCUGUUGGUGUCUUUAGAGAAGAUCCAAGUAGUUCUCGUGGUGAAGGUUCAUUGUUUCCAGUUGAAGGUACGAGUCAUGAAGUAAGUUCGCUAGAAUCUUUUCAAGAAGAUGAAUAUGAUAAAGACACUCACGGUAGAUGCAAGGAUGCCAACCCUAAUGCGACAUCUAGCUCUUCUCACAAAACUUUUGAAGCAGAAGUGUGUUCCGGAACCGAUUCAUAUAGACAGAAGGAUAGACAGUCCAAAGUAGAUGGUUUUGGUUCUGAAAAUGUGAUGAGUGUUCACGGACCUACAAUAGCCAAUUCAGAUGUGUCAUCGUUGGGGCUAUUUUCUGAUUCUUCAAAUGUACAUGAAGUUUCUCCUCUGGAAACCUCUGAAAGCGUAUCAUCAAUUGGUAAAGAGAGUUGCACUAAAACGUCACAUGAACAUAAAACCUCAUACGCAGAGACAUGUUUUGAUGUUUUAUUGGACGAAAAGAUGGACAGCUUGUCACUUAAUGAGGUAUCUGGAGGCACAAAAGAAGAUGAACUUUUAGGCCACGAUCGUGAAACAUUUUUGUCCCAGUUAAAUGGUGAAGAUGAUUCCUUUCCAUCUCACUCUAACCAAUUUCAAAAAACUGCUCUUGAGGAAUUGAAUGAUUCCUUCAAGAAGUGUUACGGUUCCUUAGAGUUGCGUCCACUAGGAGACGAGAUAGCAGAUGAUGUUCCUGAUUUGGAUUCUGAGGUUGUUGACCUGGAGAAGUCUACUUAUGAUCCAUCAGCUUGGACUCCAAUGGAUUUAGAAACUGCUACAGGCAAUGCGGAUUGCACAAUAGUGGAACAUAAUCUGAAGUUGGCAAGUUCAUAUAGGGAAGUAGAGGUAGCUCUUAUUAGACUAAGCGUGUACUCUCAAUGUGCUAUACUGUAUCUUAUGUUUCAGGAUUUUAUUGGAACAAGAGAUUCAACAGGAGAACCUGAGGUGACCAGCUAUCACAGGCUUUUCAUGGGUACAGUUGAUUAUAUAUGGCGUUCUGAAGGUCUUCAAACUGUGAGGGUGCUUGCUCCCAUUCCAAAAAACGCCAUGCAAUUUGUGAGAGGUUUCCCUACUAAGAAGUGGGGAAGUGAUCAUAUUGCUUUGGUUUCGGAAUUGGCUUUCACUAAUGAUACAUCGGCCCAUGAUACUAGCGUCCAAAAUCAGUAAAAUCAUGUGCACUCUAAAGGACUAUACGAGUUUUCAGUACGUAAAACCUUUUGUUCUUCCCGUGAAUGAGGGGUGAGAUUCAUCAACGAAGGGUCUUCAAACAUAGAGACGAAGAGAAGACAAAGGGGGUUUAAGGGUGCUAGGGCGUUCAAAAUGCUAGUGCCUCAAUAAGGUAUCGGCAGAUGAGUUCAUGGGGGCCAGCGGAGUAUUUUAUCUUGAAUUUUGAAGGAUUUUUGUACAUUAGCUUGUUUAUUUCUCUUUUGUUUUAUUCUAUGCCCCAGAAAAGAAAAAAGUACUAUUGUCAUUAUUGAGUUAAUUAACUGUAAAGGUUGUCAGAGUUGACUUUUAGAAAGAAUUUUAUUUAGAAAGCUUUUUGUUCUUCGAAA